AUGAAGGAGGCGCAUUUCUUCUCGUGCGUCCCUCUGCUUGCCGCUGCGGUGGUCUGCUGGUCCGUCAUCAGCAGCUGGGACGACUACCUCGGCCCUCUCGAGCCCUGCAAGCAGGUGCAAUUCGACGACUCACGACUCAUUGCCACUGAUGGUGAUACAGCAGAGGGCGGAUGGUGGAGCAUCGCAUCGUUGAUUCCCUUCCUCGGCCGCCAGCCUGGCAGAUCUGUCGACCUGAAUGCCAUCGGGACGGCCUCUCGCGACGAGAGAUACGACCCCCUCACUCUGCGUGUCGACGUGAGGAAGGCAUGCCGGCUCUCUCGGCAGCAGACGACGGCCAAGGCCAAGCUGGACAGGCGGCCCGCCGUGCCCGACGGCUAUGAGGCGGUUAUCCUGUGUGUGCUGGACGAGAGGGCUGGGU